GCACUGUGUAUGCAUGUUUGUUUGUUUGUUUGUUUGUAUAUUAAAUAAAAAAAGUAGCAGAGCGUAGGCGUAUGUAUUUGAUAAAGCAAACAAAAAGUAUAAAAAGGGCAAAAUAUUCUCUGCAUUAAUUAAAUUGAGCUGAUUAUUAUUAUUAUUGUGAGACUCAGUUUUUCAGGAAAAAAAAAAAGAAGAAGAGAAGAACAGAGAGGAUUAAUGAUGUGGGGCUGUGUAAAUGUAGGAGGCUUUAGAUCUGAUAUAUUAUUAUCAGCUCUAUAGCCUAAGCAGUUAUCGGCAACUGCACGCACACUCACAUCUUAAAAGACUAAAAGAACAAACAAUAUACCCCGAUAUAGUUGGACACUCACCUAAAAUAGUUUCUCUCUCCCUCUCCUUUCCUUUCACCUUUUCUCUUACUCCACCUUUGAAUCUCUACCAAAAAACAAAAACAAAAACUGGUUGAUCUGAUUGGUGACUUACUGGAGACUGCUGGUUUGGCUUAGCUUUUACUCAAUUGUGUUCAAUUAUUUGUUUUAUAAGACAGUGAAGCCUAAUUGGCAAUUACAAUUCCCUAAUAUUGUUGAAUUGUGUGGAUCUUUAUUCUCGUUUCGUCACAAGGAUUUAAAUUCAGGUGCUGUUACGUACCGAACCUGAGUUGAGAUCUCGGGGGUUUCGGAUGAUGCAAGUGUGUUUGUCAGUAACGAUCUUGCGGUGAAAGAUCUCCAGGAGAUUUGUUUUCAAUGUUUGUAGGAAUUGUCCGGAUUCAUGGUAACAUAUAUAGAAGUUUAUAUGUUAUGAUAGGUUAUGGUUUUCGCAGUUCUUGGAGAUUUGAGUUAACAUCAGUUAUUUAGCGGAUUCUGAAACUCAAUUUGGAUAUGAGAAGCCCUUGGUUCAAUAAACUCUCUCUCAUUUUGGGCCCUAGACCACCCUUUAGUUGGUUGCUGUUGUGUCUUAUUUGUCUGCUUGCAGUAAUUGCGAUCUUAGGAUCCACUUCUUCUAGUGCAUUUGAUUCUGCGACUAACACUCCGGUGCCUGAUAUUUAUUCAAAUUAUAGAAGAUUAAAGGAGCAAGCUGCGGUUGAUUAUUUGGAGCUUAGAACUCUCUCACUGGGAGCUACUCGUCAGAAAGAGUUGGGACUUUGUGGCAGAGAAAUAGAACAUUAUGUGCCUUGUUACAAUGUUUCAGCAAAUUUAUUGGCUGGGUUUAAAGAUGGAGAGGAGUUUGAUCGGCAUUGUGAAAUGUCAAGACCAACAUACCGGUGUUUGGUUCGCCCUCCAAAGGACUAUAAAAUCCCCUUAAGGUGGCCAGCCGGUAGAGAUGUGAUAUGGAGUGGAAAUGUGAAGCUUACCAAAGACCAAUUUCUUUCAUCCGGAAGCAUGACCAAAAGGUUGAUGUUACUGGAGGAGAAUCAAAUUGCUUUUCACUCGGAGGAUGGACUGAUCUUUGAUGGUGUCAAAGAUUAUUCUCGCCAGAUUGCAGAGAUGAUAGGUUUAGGAAGUGACUCUGAAUUCGUUCAAGCUGGUGUCCAAACAGUACUAGAUAUUGGUUGUGGCUUUGGUAGCUUUGGAGCUCAUUUAGUGUCUCUGAACUUAAUGGCUGUUUGUAUUGCUGCUUAUGAGGCAACUGGCAGCCAAGUUCAACUGGCCCUUGAGAGAGGUCUGCCAGCAAUGAUUGGCAAUUUCAAAUCUCGACAGCUUCCUUAUCCAUCAUUGUCGUUUGACAUGGUUCAUUGUGCUCAGUGUGGUAUUAUUUGGGAUGAAAAAGAUGGUAUGUUCCUCAUUGAAGUUGAUCGGGUGCUCAAGCCUGGAGGUUACUUUGUUUUGACUUCACCAAUGAGAAAACCACAUGGAAGCUCAUUGAACAUGAAGAAGAGGAGCACAGUGGAGCUAAUAGAAGAUUUAACUGAAAAAAUAUGCUGGAGUCUUCUAGCUCAGCAGGAUGAGACUUUCAUCUGGCAGAAAACUGUGGAUAUCCACUGCUACAAAUCUCGUAAGCUGGAUGCGCCAGCUCUUUGCAAUGAGGGGCAUGACACUCCAAUAUAUUAUCAACCCCUUGUCACAUGUAUUAGUGGGACCACCAGCAAACGCUGGAUCCCCAUUCAGAACAAGUCCUCAGGUUUCCAGUUGAGUCCAGAUGAGCUUCAAGUUCAUGGUGUUCAGCCUGAAGAUUUCUUUGAAGACUUGCAAGUUUGGAGAUCAGCUCUAAGAAACUAUUGGUCUUUGCUUACACCCUUAAUUUUCUCUGACCAUCCUAAGAGGCCAGGGGAUGAAGAUCCAUUACCUCCUUAUAACAUGAUACGGAACGUGAUGGACAUGAAUGCUCAUUAUGGGGGUCUAAAUACAGCAUUUCUGGAGGAAAGGAAAUCAGUGUGGGUGAUGAAUGUUGUACCUGUUCGGGCUCAUAAUACACUUCCUCUCAUUCUUGACCGAGGUUUUGCUGGUGUUUUGCAUGAUUGGUGUGAGCCCUUCCCCACAUACCCUCGAACCUAUGACAUGCUUCAUGCAAACGGGCUUCUUUCGCAUCUCAGUUCAGAGAGGUGCAGCAUGAUGGACCUACUAUUAGAAAUGGAUCGGAUACUGCGACCUGAGGGAUGGGUUGUUCUUUCUGAUAAAUUGGGAGCUAUCGAGAUGGCACGGGCCUUUGCUACACAGAUACACUGGGAAGCAAGAGUGAUCGACUUACAGAAUGGUAGUGACCAGCGGCUACUUGUUUGUCAGAAACCUUUUGUGAAAAAAUGAUUCUUUAGCAUCGGGGGUUUUCACCACCAUGGAAGUAUACAAUCUUUUUAGCUCCGGGUAUGAUCUUUCUGAUAGCAUCACCAUGUGACUUGUGUUCCACAACUAAACCCAGGGAAAGCAAAAACUGUAGAGUAAAAGGGAGGCUGGCCGCAGAAGUAGCCUUGGCAGCAUGCAAUUUUUUUGUCAAAGCAUUUGUAGUAAUUCAUUCAUCAUUUUUUCUUUUUGCAAAUUCUUUGACCGGUAAUCUCUUUCUCUUAUCUGUUUCUUUUUUCUUUUUUAUAUAUCAGACACUGUCUCUGUACUGGACAAUUACUGUUUUCAAGAGACAACUGACAGGCCACGAAAUGAUAGUUAUACAUUAUAUUCUC